AUUAGUACGAAACUAGAGCAAGAAAAUCUACAUCAAUACAUACAUACUUUAUGCUGAAUGAAGUUAAUAGUAAUGGCGAAAAGAACCAUAACUUUUGUCACCAGCAAUUCGAAGAAGUUAGAAGAAGUGAGAGCAAUAUUGGGCACUGAUUUUCCGUUUGAAUUAGAGAGCCAUAAAUUAGACUUGCCAGAACUUCAAGGUGAGAUCGAUGAAAUUUCAAUUCAAAAGUGUCAAGAGGCUGCGCGGAGACUAAAGAAGCCUGUGCUUAUUGAGGACACUUCUUUGUGCUUUAACGCGCUGAAUGGGUUGCCAGGACCCUACAUAAAAUGGUUCUUGGAUAAACUAAAGCCUGACGGUCUGGUUAAGUUACUAACUGGAUGGGAAGACAAGUCUGCAGAGGCAGUAUGCACUUUUGCCUAUUGCCCUGGUGACACCGAAGACUACAGUGUGACUAUUUUCCAAGGCAAAACACAAGGAACAAUUGUGGCACCAAGGGGAUCAAGAGGCUUCGGUUGGGGCUAUGUGUUUGAACCAAAUGGUUAUGUCAAUACAUAUGCAGAGUUGCCUAGUGAGGAGAAAAAUAAAAUUUCUCACAGAUCUAAGGCUCUAGAUAAACUGGUUUGAACCAAUCAAGUUCUGGUUAUAUGCUCGAUGUUUGAACCACAAUUACGGACCGAAAGCAAAUAAAUGCAGUAUGGCAUGUAUCUACGAGUAUGUGAUGGAUGUGUAUUAUGAUUCCACU